AUGGAGAAUGAGGAUUCAGCCUUGACUUGUUGCCCAAGGCCUGCUACUGGGAGAAUCCCUCACUUCAGCCCCAGGAGCUAUUGUGUGUGUUUGGCUCCGCCUCUCGCCAUGUCUUCUCACAAGACUUUCAAGAUUAAGCAAUUCCUGGCCAAGAAACAAAAGCAAAAUCGUCCCAUUCCCCAGUGGAUUCGGAUGAAAACUGGUAAUAAAAUCAGGUACAACUCCAAAAGGAGACAUUGGAGAAGAAUCAAGCUGGGUCUGUAA